CAAAACAUCUGCUUCUCCCCGCCAGAACUCUCUCACUUUCUCCAUAUCCUUCAUGUUCGUCUCUACUCUAGGCCUGGCCGCCUACGAAAUCAUAUCCUAAGCUUGCCACUGUCUCAGUCUGGGCCCUGCCUUGACGCUUGCUUGUAGACAAAUCUUUUUUUUUCUGCUCCUGUCCACAAUGGUACGCCAUCUUUCUGCACCGCUCUACGUCAAUAGCGUGGGUGAUAAAAUACCUUUGAUCCCCGGCUUCAAGACGUCUGCUGUUUUCCUCACAUCUCUAUCCGCAAAUCUACGAAUCCCGGACGACGAGCUGUACCCUACACCCAUAUCUACCCCCUCAUUUCGCGGCUCCGACGCGAUUCCUCUGCCUUCACUGUCCUCACUCUCCGCCAUGACACUGCCACACGAAGCUUCUGUCGCAGAUGCACAGGCACUCAACGACCCUCUUGAUGCUCCCGCUCCGUCUCCACUCGCUGAUGUUCCCGAACUGACCACUUACACCGCCAAAUCGCAUGAAGAUCGCGUGGCAGCACUCAAAUUGGUUGCAGACAGCAUUGCGGAGCAACGAAAUGCAACCUCUCGCUCUAUCAUCUACAAUCCAACCAUCCUUUCAAUCUACGCAGCGAUUGUCGGAUUUGGCGUGCGGUACUUUUAUGAUGGCUUCGACACUCUCCCCGUUAUCAUAACGACGCUGAUCGGAGCGACAAUGACGGCAUUGAUUGCCGUACGGUGGUUUGCUGGGCCUUAUAUUGACCUGGCGGAGAAGAUUGGCUGGGACUGGUUGGGCGAGGAUCAGAUGAUAAUCACAAAGUGGGGAGACAAGGUGAUCGGCACUGUGAUAAUUGGUUGGGCGCGGCCGGGAAGCCCGAAUGGAAGCAAGAAAGAGAAGAAGAAGAACGAGAAGAGGAAAUGGGGUGUUGUGCGAGCUUGGACUGUGGCCGUCAAGUACCGCGGCAAGGGUGUGGCCAAGGCGCUUCUGGAGGAUGCGGUGCAGGAGGUGAAAAAGCAGGGUGGAGAAGGAAUUGAAUUCUCAGAUGAGCAUGCGAAUCACCACAGAGUUCUUCCUACAUAUUUCAAUAAGGGCAUCGAUGCGGAUGAGCAGCGCGCAUUCGACCUCCUGCACGCCCUCUCGAGCAUCAAAGGCACAUUCAAGAAUCGCCGAUAAUCUUAGACGCACACUAUGAGGAGCGCCAUAGAUCCAUAUGACGCCAUCGACGAAUCUCCUUUGGCCGACUCAACGUUCCCACACGCUGUAAUUCGGACCAUACAAUAAACGAAUCUACUAGAGAACACCGAGUAAUCUUCCCAUAUCUGACUCGGCAUAUACAAUGAUACCCCUCGGUCCAUGUUGGAUCGGCAUUUUUUGUUGUAACGGACGACACCCACAUAUAUUUAUAUAUUAGAUAGAUGAUUGGACAUGAAUGACACGUAUAAUUCAGAACUCGGUC